CCGGAAGGUGUUCCGGGCAUUUGGCCUCCCUCCCCCCACCCAUUUCCCACCCGCCACGCCCUUCGUCGGCUCUCAUUGGUUGCUCUGUUGGCCCGAUCAAACCUAAAACUGAAAGGCCGUGAUUUGGCCAAUACCCCAAUGGACCCUGGGGGCAUCUUGAAGGCAUUUCCCAAGAGGAGGAAAAUUCAUGCCAAUCCAUCAUCAAAAGCACUUGCAAAGAUUCCCAAGCAAGAAGGUGGAGAAGAAGAAGGAGAAUGGCUGAGCUCCCUGCGGGCACAUGUUGUGCCCAGCGGCAUUGGGCGAGCCCGAGCAGAACUCUUUGAGAAGCAGAUUAUCCAGCAUGGUGGCCAAAUAUGUGCUGCCCAGGCCUCAGGGCUCACUCACAUCGUGGUGGAUGAAGGCAUGGACGGUGAGCGAGCCCUCCGGCUCGUCGGGCUGUCCCAGCUGCCCCAGGGUGCUCAGCUGGUGAAGUCCACCUGGCUGAGCCUGUGCCUGCAGGAAGGAAGGCUGGUGGACACGGCAGGAUUCAGCAUCUGCAUCCCCAGCAGGUACCCAGGGCUCCAACCACAGCUCAGCAAGGCAGACCAAGAAUUUUCUGCUCCUCCAGGAUCCCAUGAGGCUCUGCUCAAGAGAGCUCUCACUCCUCCUCGUUCUAUCACCAGGCCUGUAUCUCCUCCCCAGAGGACAGAGGAGGCCCCGAGCACCCAAGCUCAGCCUGGCUCUGAUGCUGAAACCAGUGAUGGGGAAGAGACCCAGGUUAGCGCAGCUGACCUGGAAGCCCUUAUCAGUGGCCACUACUCCACCCACCCUGAGGGAGAUGAUGAGCCUCGCCCAGCCCCUAAGGGCCUGGAUAAGUGGGUCUGUGCACAACCUUCGAGCCAGAAGGCAGUCAACCACAACCCUCACAUCACAGAGAAGCUAGAAGUGCUAGCCAAAGCCUACAGUGUUCAAGGAGACAAGUGGAGGGCCCUGGGCUAUGCCAAGGCCAUCAAUGCCCUCAAGAGCUUUCACAAGCCUGUCACCUCCUACCAGGAGGCCUUCGGUAUCCCCGGGAUUGGAAAGCGGAUGGCCGAGAAAAUCGUAGAAAUCCUGGAGAGCGGGCAUCUGCGGAAGCUGGACCAUAUCAGUGAGAGUGUGCCUAUCUUGGAGCUCUUCUCCAACAUCUGGGGAGCCGGAACCAAAACUGCCCAGAUGUGGUACCAGCAGGGUUACCGGACCCUAGAAGACAUCCGCAACCAGGCCUCCCUGACUACCCAGCAGGCCAUUGGUCUGAAGCAUUAUGAUGACUUCCUGGAACGCAUACCCCGGGAGGAGGCUACAGAGAUUGAGCAGACAGUCCGGAAAUCAGCUCAGGCCUUCAACCCCGGGCUGCUAUGUGUGGCAUGUGGUUCUUACCGACGGGGGAAGGCAACCUGUGGUGAUGUGGACGUGCUGCUUACUCACCCGGAUGGCCAGUCUCACCAGGGCAUCUUCAGUCGUCUCCUUGACAGCCUUCGGCGACAAGGGUUUCUGACAGAUGACCUGGUGAGUCAGGAGGAGAACGGCCAGCAGCAGAAGUACCUGGGUGUGUGCCGGCUCCCAGGGCCAGGGCAGCGGCACCGACGGCUGGACAUCAUCAUUGUGCCCUACAGCGAGUUCGCCUGCGCCCUGCUCUACUUCACUGGCUCUGCCCACUUCAACCGCUCCAUGCGGGCCCUGGCCAAGACCAAGGGCAUGAGCUUGUCAGAGCACGCCCUCAGCACCUCUGUGGUUCGGGACACCCAAGGCCUCAAGGUGGGGCCUGGCCGAGUGCUGCCCACCCCCACUGAGAAAGAUGUCUUCAGGCUUUUAGGCCUACCCUACCGAGAACCAGUAGAGCGGGACUGGUGACCCGUGGCUGGAGGGGAGGGGACGCCAAGCUGGACCGGCUGCCCCACGUGGCCAUCCAGUACUUGGCCAGCCUCAGCAAGCUGAACCUCACUACUUCAGCCACCUGGGCCUGAGGGAAAGGGCCAGCCUGGCUCCCUCUCCACAGGAGAAAACUGCCAUCCUUCUACCUCAUCGUUGCCCCCUGCUAGAGUUUUGUACACGGCCCCCUGCCCCCAUUUUAAGCAAGAACAGGUGUUGGUGUGAAGCCAGCUUCCUGUGCUGAAGGCCCAGACACCCCUACUUCCCUACCCAAGGAGGCUCUGACUGCUGGGGGUGGGACGGGGACUGCAGGGGAAGGGGCAAACAGCUGUGGCGGAGCAUCACCUAAGACCCUUUGGAGCCAGAGAAAGCAUUUCCCCAUGUACUCCCUCUACCCUGCCUGCUUCCUGUGCAGCUGGAGCUGUGGGGUGGGGGUGACCCCGGCUUGGUAAGGACAGCAUUUGAAGGCCCAGGGGCCCAAUAAAGUGCACUUGA